UUUCAGCUCCUCUGAGAAUACUAAGAAGAAGAAGAAGAAAAAGGAGUGUCUCGUUUUCAGGAAGAUCCUCCAAAUAAUUCCACACUGGGGGAAAAUCCCGGGUUCCCCCCAGCCAGGAAGGCGAGGACCCGCCUCUCCGGGGCCUGCAUAAAAGGGGAACCUGCCGGUCCCCGGGAAUCCCAUCCGAAGGAGCCAGCGGCGGCCAGGAUGGACGGUUCCUUCUGGAAGACCUUGCUGGUGCUGGCCGUCUGCGGGACCCCUGCCUCCCUCGCCCACCGGCCCCUGAGCUACGGGGAAGCCCUGGAGCUGGCCGUGAGCAUCUACAACGGCAAGGCGGGCCAGGCCUCCCUCUACCGCCUCCUGGAGGCCGUUCCUCAGCCCGAGUGGGAUCCCAAUUCUGAGGGCAGUCAACAGCUGAACUUCACCCUCAAGGAGACGGCGUGCCAGGUGGAAGAAGAACGUUCCCUGGAGGAAUGCGGCUUCCAAGAAGACGGGGUCGUCCUGGAGUGCACAGGCUACUAUUUCUUUGGGGAGACGCCCCCGGUGGUCGUCCUCUCCUGUGUACCUGUGGGCGGAGUGGAGGAGGAGGAGGAGGAGGAGGAGGAGGAGCCGAAGGCAGAGGCGGAGAACGACGAGGAGGUGGAGAAGGAGAAGGAGGAUGAGGAGAAGGACCAGCCCAAACGGGUCAAGCGGUUCAAGAAAUUUUUCAAGAAAGUCAAGAAAAGCGUGAAGAAGCGGCUCAAGAAAAUCUUCAAGAAGCCGAUAGUCAUCGGGGUCUCCAUCCCCUUUUAAGACAGGAUUCCCGGCCGACGCCCUCCGAUCCGAGGAAAAGCCGGCACCGGAAAGGAAUGGCGGAUGCUCUCGGGGGGGGGGGCAGAAUCAUUCCCCAAUAAGAUUAUCCACCGAUCGAUCCAUCUGUCAAUAAAGACUGUCAAUCUCCA